GCAGGACUGGAUGAGCCGGCCGGGCAGGUCUUGCCCUGGUGCAAGUUUCCCCCAUCUCCAGGUCCUGUCCUGUACGCCCCUGUCUGUUGUGGUUCUGCCUGAGCAGAGGCAACACCGGCACCACGGCUGAUGCCGGCGGUGGGAAGCAGGCCAGUGUCCAGGCACCAGUCUGCCCCUCACAAGGGCUCCUGCAAUCAGCCCUGGAGACAGAUGUCCCAGCUCUCGCCCUGCACUGCUUCACCCUAGGCUGCAGCUGUCCUCCAGCCCACCGUCCCCAUGGCCAGCCCUGGGAAGCCCGGGGCUGUGGAGGCCCAGGAGGAGGAAGAGGGGGAGGAGCCCUCUGCAGGACAUGGUGGAGCAGUGCUGCAGCAAGCCCACGAGCUCUUUUUGCUGUGCGACAAGGAGGCCAAGGGCUUCAUCACCCGGCAGGACCUGCAGGGCCUGCAGAGUGAUCUGCGCCUGACCCCGGAGCAGCUGGAGGCCGUAUUCGAGAGCCUGGACCAGGCCCACGCUGGCUUCCUCACUGCCCGAGAGUUCUGUCUGGGCCUGGGGAGGUUUGUGGGCCUGCAACCGGCUGGGGGAGCGACCUUCUUGCCAACUCCCGAGGAAACCUUCGAGUCGUCAGAUGUGCGAGGCCCCGGGGACUCCCUGGAGGAAGAGGAAGAUGAGGAGGAUGUGGAGCGGUUCUGCGCCGUGCUGGAGCAGCUGGGGGUGGCCCGGGUUCUGGGCGAGCAGCGCGCCGUGAGGACGCUCUGGGCCCGGCUACAGCUCGAGCGGCCAGAGCUGCUGGGCUCCUUCGAGGACGUCCUGCUGCGUGCGUCCGCCUGCCUGGAGGCUGCGGCCCGGGAGCGCGACGGCCUGGAGCAGGCGCUGCGGCGGCGGGAGAGUGAGCACGAGCGGGAGGUUCGCGGCCUCUAUGAAGAGCUGGAGCAGAACCUGCAAGGGCCUCGACCGCGAAGGCGGAGCCAGAACCCGCCCCGCGAAGAGCCGAGGGGCCGCCUGGAGCUGGAGCUGCAGAGCCGCGAGCAGGAGCUGGAGCGCGCGGGGCUGCGGCAGCGGGAGAUCAGGAUGGGUGAGUUCAACGAGAAACAGACGCCUUGCGGCACAGUCUGCCUCAAGUACCUGCUGUUCACCUUCAACUGCUGCUUCUGGCUGGCUGGCCUGGCUGUCAUGGCAGUGGGCAUCUGGACACUGGCUCUCAAGAGUGACUACAUCAGCCUGCUGGCCUCAAGCACCUACUUGGCCACGGCCUACAUCCUGGUGGUGGCUGGUGUUGUCGUCAUGGUGACUGGGGUCCUGGGCUGCUGUGCCACCUUCAAGGAGCGGCGGAACUUGCUGCGCUUGUACUUCAUCCUGCUCCUCAUCAUCUUCCUGCUGGAGAUCAUUGCAGGGGUCCUGGCCUAUGUCUACUAUCAGCAGCUGAACACAGAGCUCAAAGAGAACCUAAAGGACACCAUGACUAAGCGGUACCACCAGCCAGGCCAUGAGGGUGUGACCAGUGCAGUGGACAAACUGCAGCAGGAGUUUCAUUGCUGCGGUAGCAACAACUCUCAGGACUGGCGGGAUAGUGAGUGGAUCCACUCCGGCCAGGCAGGCAAACGCGUGGUCCCCGACAGCUGCUGCAAGACUGUGGUGCCUGACUGUGGGAGGCGGGAUCAUGCCUCCAACAUCUACAAGGUGGAGGGGGGCUGUAUCACCAAGCUGGAAACCUUCAUCCAGGAUCACCUGAGGGUCAUUGGAGCUGUGGGCAUUGGCAUUGCCUGUGUGCAGGUCUUCGGCAUGAUAUUUACCUGCUGCUUGUACCGGAGCCUCAAGCUGGAGCACUACUGAGCCCCAGCGUCUGGCCUACCUCCUGCCAUGACCGACUACUGAACUGACUGCUGAAGGCCAGGCCUACGGCUCUGAGUGCGCCUGUGCUCCCCAUGCUGAACCUUGGCGGACCCACCUGGACGCAGCUCCAAGUGUCUUUCUCUGUACACCGAAGUCCUGAGGCCACUGCCACCGCAGCAUGGCAUCAGGUGGCCAGUGUGCCUGUGUGUGGGGACUUAGGUAGGGCCCGGGCCUGGCUGGUAGCUGGGGGCUGGGCUCUGACAAUCAGGUUCCCCCUCCCACAGGCACCUCCUCCAGUGUGGGGUCCCUUUCUGAUGUGUGUCCAGUCUGGACACACCCUGUCUGGCAGCCACAGGCAGGUGGGGGCAACCCUCUGUGCCCUUGGAGCUAGCCUCCCCAUGAGCCUCGGCUCCCUAAUAGUCGGAACCCUGGCUUAGAUUCCUUACUGCUAUUUGUCUGUCUCCACUGCUUUUAACAUCAUCUGCACCGCCACGGGUCCACUGCACUGAGUCUCCCCAUUAGUGUCCCUAUGGGGCAGUGUCCCUAUGGGGCAGGGGAUCUGCUGUUGCCCACAUGCCCACUGUUGCUCCUGCCUAGUAACAGGUGCUCAAUAAACGUUGAAGAAUUGGGUUGACCAGCUA